AUGCAUAAGCUUAAAAACCUCUUCUAUGGAAGAGGUAUUAACAUGGAUGAUCUCAUUGAUUACGACUUUGCGUCGAAUAUAAGGCGGGGGGGGAAGAAAGGAUGGUGCAUUCACGAUGUACCAUUUACGAACGUGAUGGUGAAGAACAACCCCAAACAAGGAGAAAGCAAGGUCGUCCUAAUAGACUUUGAGUUCGUCUUUCGAAACUACCGAGGCAUUGAUAUUGGUGGACACUUUAUGCAAAAGGUAUUCAGGUGGGUUGACGAGGACGGCACAACGGCCAGCUACAGGCCUUAUACGGAAGAGGAGAAGAGGCGCUUCUGCGAGGAGUAUGUCGAACAGUGGAACCGGGAGACUGGUGACUUAGAUACGGGCGAGCAGGUCUUUAGGGAAUCUGAGUUGGGGUACCUGCUGGCUAUAACCUGGGACAUCCACAACAUGCUUUGCUAUGUGGAACAGGAGAAUAGCAAGGAACUCCUGAACCAUUUGGACCUCUUGGCUUUCAACAAGCUGUUUGAAGACUUUGUAAACCAAUACAAAAGGCUUGAAUUAGACACUCUCUAA